AUUUGCGACAGUCAAACGCGGCGAUCAUUCGUUCCAGAAGAGAAUAUCAACUAGAACUGGACACAGUUAUUAUCUAUUUCCUUGGAGAACUUUUCUGGCUAUUUCGAURGUUUAUUUUCARAGCGACAUUGAUGCUCGCGCUGUGGACCAAAUAUGAGUUCGCUGACAGAUGGACUAUUUGAAAUCAACAAUACAUUUGUUUGAGGGAUUGAGUCCAUUCCAACCUCUUAACAGUGUUUACUUCAAUGUCUCUUCGRCCAGCUUUAGGMGAUGAUCCAUUGCUGCAAAAACUCGGUGAGAAGGACAUAUUCAAGAUCAAGCUAUCUYUGUCUUGUCUCUCCAAUAAAGUGUUCGUUUGCAGUGCUGUGGCAAAUUUGUAUAUCUGGCAGCCACCGAUAGGAGAGAAYACAUCCAACUCGUGGCAGUAUGUCCGUACUGGUAUACCAGCAAUUGUUGUAAGCACUGGGCUCAGCGGAGCUCGAAAUCCUAAAGGAAUGAGCAUCAGUUUAAUGGAUAAACAAAGCGGCUUUUGUGUAUGGAAGGAACACAUAACUUCAAACUCGAACUACAGAGAACAACAACCUAACUUUCACGUACUAGCUUUAUCAAGUGGUGAUGGCGUGAUGGCCGGACUACGAUUUGCUAACGAAGACUCUGCUAGUUUAUUCUAUAAAGACGUGAUUUCUAACCUUGACGAUGUACUACAGACAUCAUCAUCUCCAGAAAUCGAGAUUGUACAGGGUUCGCCUACAAAAGAACGCUUUAAAAAGUUUCGAAAGUUAAAAAAGAACGAAAUCUCUAGCCCGUGUUUGUUCAGUCAUGUCACAAGCAUUACGAACGCCACGCUAGUGGGAGACGGAGUAAAUAACUCWAGCGAUUCUGACAAUUCACAYAAAGACAGUAAAAAAAGUAUGAAUGGGCAUUCGGGUAGAACGGCAAAUCUACGAAGAGCUUUCAGCGUUACGAAGAAAAGACGGUGAACGCGCAUUGAAAAUCAAAGUAUCGACACCGGAUCUUUGAAACGAGGACUACUCGAGCGCUCAAACACUCGACGAAUUAAGGAAAUUUGAACACUAUGCGCUUAAUUAAAAGGGUCAAUUUCGAUUUAUAAUACUUAAAACGAGAUUUUAGACGAUCUUUACUGCAGGAAAUAUCGAGUUUUCGUAUUUCGUGUUGSGAUCAAACUUGAAAGGCAUUUCACUUUGUCCAAAAUCCUCCUGGAUCGAAUUUCUAGGGUAUUGUUAGCAUUGUCCACAGAGCAAUGGUCAAAGAGAUAUCAGAUUGAGUCCCGAUAAUCUUUACAAUAAGCACUUGUAUUAAUAUAUAUUUUUGUACAUUGAGACAAUUUUAAAAGUGUUUCUGGAAAAUCAAAGGCUAUAUUUUAUAUCACGGUCCAUUUCGAACAUUAUUUGCAUAUAGUAGCACCGGUCCCUUCGUAAUUAUAUUAUUUUAAUCUAUAGCUACUACGACGACRUUAACUUUUUCAAAUAAGGAACCGCAGAGAUUUUACUUAUUAUAACAAUUAUUUUUUCAUUUACAAAACAAGAGUUCUGAAAAAAUCUGCCAAAAAAUAUUCUAUUAUGUYGAAUUUUUAAAAUUGAAAUAGUGGUAUUUGUAUAAAUUCUUGCUUUGUUUCAUUAUGUAUGUAUAUAAACAUUUGAACAAAUGUAAUAUAAAAUAACUGCUAGCUAUAAUGAGACUAUUAAGUUACUAUUGGUUGAACGACAAGGGUUAUUUGAAUUACCAUAUGUUUUGUGGCUUUCAGUUGUAUUGUAUUAUUAAACCACACUGAGCCAUAUAGACCAAUGGGUUUAUUCAAAUCUUUGCUGCUAAUGUACUGUGAUUACAAUAAGACUAUAGAACAGCAAGUUAAGACCAUUUGACACAUAUCAAACCACACUCUUAUUGUCYGCUUUUGUUUUGAUUUUGUGACUGUCAGUGAGCUGUAAAAACUAUUGCACAGCCACCUUAAGAUUAUGUCAAACAACCUUUCAAUGAUACAAGUAUUUUGUUGUUUUUAAUGUAAAAGUGUUUGUAAAAAGCUUACAUAURAAUUAACUUUAUAAAAUGACAAUGACAGUAAUAAAAAAGAAUAUGCUACCUGA